AUGAGCCUGGUAGCCUGUGAAUGUCCACCUGGCCCAGGCCUGGAGCUGGAGCCCUGCUCACGAGCGAGGUCCCAGGCCUGCAUGUACCUGGGACAGAUUCGUAACCGGGUAGCUACAGGGACAUCUGACAUGGCCAAGCGUGACUAUCUGGUAGAUGCAGCGACACAGAUCCGCCUGGCCCUGGAGCGAGAUGUCAGUGAGGACUAUGAGGCGGCCUUCAACCACUACCAGAACGGUGUGGACGUGCUGCUCCGUGGUGUACACGUUGACCCCAACAAGGAGAGAUGCGAAGCUGUAAAGUUGAAAAUUACCAAGUACCUACGGAGGGCAGAGGAGAUCUUCAACUGCCACCUUCAGCGGACGCUGGGCAGCGGGGCCGGCCCCAGCACGGGCUUCAGCAGCCUGAGGCUCCGGCCCAUCCGCACACUGAGCUCUGCUCUGGAGCAGCUGAGGGGGUGCAGGGUGGUUGGGAUCAUCGAGAAGGUGCAGUUGGUCCAGGACCCAGCAACAGGAGGAACCUUCAUUGUGAAGAGUCUUCCCAGGUGCCACAUGGUGAGUCAGGAGCGGCUGACUGUCAUCCCACAUGGAGUCCCCUACAUGACGAAACUGCUGCGGUACUUUGUGAGUGAAGACUCCAUCUUCUUGCACCUGGAACACGUGCAAGGUGGCACUCUGUGGUCACAUCUACUCUCACAGGCCCGCUUUCAAUAUUCUGGGCUCAAGUCUGGCUCUGCUCAGGAUAAGUCGAAAUUCCGGCUCAACACCAGCUUCUGCCUCAUGACCCCAGCAAAGCUCUCACCAGGCCACACCUUGGGGCAGGACAGAGUCCCAGUGGAGCCUCCAUGGACUUCUCAGAGCCUUCCCCCAGCCAAGGAGAUGCCACCCCACCAGCUUCAGGAAGAGGCUGACAGUGAACCCUCAGCCAGGACCAGUCCUUUCUGUUCUUCGAACCUUACAGAAGCCCCAUGUGGCCGCUUGCGAAGUCAAGUCAGGCGAGCUGGCCAGAAUUCGAACCUUGCACCCAAUCGGAAGCUCCACUGGGUACGGGAAGGGGCUGACCGGGUGCUAGGGGCCUAUGGCCGUGGCCGAGGUCAGAACCCCCCAUCAGCAAACAGGGCCAGCCUGGGGUGUGGAAGAGCUGUCUGGAGCCUGCGGGAAGAACAGGUGAAGCAGUGGGCAGCUGAGCUGCUGGUGGCGCUGGAGGCCCUGCACGAGCAGGGGGUGCUGUGCCGGGACCUCAACCCACGGAACCUGCUUCUGGACCAGGCAGGUCACAUCCGACUCACAUAUUUUGGCCAGUGGUCAGAAGUGGAGCCCCGGUGCAGCCAGGAGGCUGUGGACUGCCUAUACUGUGCUCCAGAGGUCGGGGGAAUUUCUGAGGUGACUGAAGCCUGUGACUGGUGGAGCUAUGGGUCUCUUCUAUAUGAACUACUCACAGGAAUGGCAUUGUCCCAGAGCCACCCCUCAGGAUUCCAGGCCCACACCCAACUACAGCUCCCUGAGUGGCUCAGUGGCCCAGCAGCCUCUCUGCUGACUGAGCUGUUGCAGUUUGAUCCCCAGCGGCGCCUAGGUGCUGGAGGUGGUGGCACCAGCAAACUCAAGUCCCACCCCUUUUUCAGUACUAUCCAAUGGAGUCGACUAACAGGGUAA